AAACGACACGAAAGAUGCUCUAUAAAAUGUCGUUAUUUCUUAAAGCUAUAUGAUUUAUUUCAAUUUGAAUAGGAACGGAUGUGUUGUAAGGACCUGGAGGUUACCUCAGUGCUUGUUGGUUGUUUCUGUCUGACAAGAUCACAUGAUCCGAGGCUGCCCAUGUAUCGUUAGCUUGUUAGCUUGUUAGCCGCUUUAGCACCAAGCCUUUGGGGUUCACCAGGAAACGGUGCGACGUGACGUUACCGCGAGCAACGCCAAGGCGAGGAGCUGUCAGAGGAAUGCAUUAAUAUCAUUUCUGUUAUUUCCUGUUUUGUUUUUCGUUGACUCAGCAGCUAUCUGACACGAAUUGUACGCUGGUUGAACGCUACAUACAUGGCUGCUCACAUCAUCAUUAAUCAAAUGAGCCUGUGACAAAGGACCAAGGUCUACAACACAUGAUCUUGACAAGUGGAGACCAGAAGUCAAUCAGUGGUAAACUAUUUCAAAGUGAUCGAUCGGGAGUGAAUAGCCAUGACGACAAAAACAUCACUGCUGAAAGUCAUUCUUCUUGGUGAUGGAGGUGUUGGGAAGAGCUCCAUCAUGAACCGCUACGUUACCAACAAGUUUGAUGCACACCUCUUCCACACCAUUGGCGUGGAGUUCCUCAACAAGGAACUAGAGGUAGAUAGCCACCAGGUUACUCUACAGAUCUGGGACACAGCUGGCCAGGAGCGCUUCCGCAGCCUGAGGACUCCUUUCUACCGUGGCUCUGACUGCUGCCUGCUCACCUUCAGUGUAGAUGACAGCCAGAGUUUUCUCAACUUAGGCAACUGGAAGAAGGAGUUCAUCUACUAUGCAGAUGUUAAGGAGCCAGAGAAGUUCCCAUUCGUUGUCUUGGGCAACAAAGUGGACGUGACAGAAAGGCAGGUGUCUACUGAGGAGGCUCAACAAUGGUGCCAGGAGAAUGGAAACUUCCCCUAUUAUGAGACCAGUGCCAAGGACGCCACCAAUGUAGCGAUCGCCUUCGACGAGGCAGUGCGCAGAGUGUUGGCAUUGGAAGAAAGAACGGACCACCUCAUCCCCACAGACACAGUCAAGCUUCACAGAAAGCCUCGCUCUGCUACAUCCUGCUGUUCAUAACAUCCAGGAGUUAUCACUAACAUUUGCUGUUAUGCCUUUUAUGUGAUGAGGCUGUAGGUUUACAAUGCUGUUGUAACAUCUUAUUUAAACAAAUUAUGCUACUGGCUUUAUGAUUUGUUGUACUGUUGAAGGUUUGGUAAUGCUAUUUGGGACUUUUGCUUGAAGAGACAGAGAAGAAACACUAAACUCAUCCCAGUCUGAUUACAAAUAAACAUAACAUCUCCGAUCAUUCAUUCAGCACCUUUCAAAGACUUUGGAGGCAGAAAAAUACACUUUAUUUUUUGUCGGAAACUCUAAAGCUGUCGUGAAGGAAUGGUCUUUGAUUUUUCACUUCCUUCUCAAAUGUUCUAUUCUGUGACAUUGUAAAAUGAUGCAACCCUUACAUCUGUACUACCUUGGAAGUACCAUCAUUAUAGGUUUCCAUAACUUCACUCUUAAAUGUUAUAAAACAGAGUUAUGACCUAUAUAUUUAUAUUCAGAACAUAAUUUAUACAGCCUAAUGACCUUAUUUCUGAGAAUUAUGAAGUAGCUGUGGGAAUAUGUGUAACUAACAAAUUGAGGCUUGUUGUGAUUGUUGCACCUUUAGGUCUUUUUUGUAUGCACAUUCUGUUUAGUGAGUAGUGAUGAUAGGCUGUGUGCUGCAAGCACUUAACAAAAGAUCAAUAUUAAAGCAACAUUAACAUGCAUGGCAUCAGGUGUAUUUCAUUUCCUGGAAACUUCUAUUCUGCAAAAUUGUACCUUUUUAAGAAGUACUUACUAUUGCCUUGAGGAAAGUGUAAUGACAAUUAUUUAAUUAAGUGUUCCUCAUUGUUGGGUCCAUUGUUUUCAUUUCGUUUUUAUCUUUAAAGCACUCUAUUAACAUUUGUAUACUUACAGUUCAGUGUUUUUCUGCACAGAUUAAUAGUGACUACUGUUAUGCUAAGUUACCAAUAAACUCCCUGAGAAUUUUCCCUUAAA